UCUCCUGCACCAUGCUCGGUCUCCGUCCUGCACUUGUAUCUGCUCGCUGUCUUCGUCGCUCUGGUGCCUUCAGAUUUUCCACUCGCGUAUCAUGUCUGCAGAGGCCUCCAGCAUUUGCUUCACCCGUAGUUCGAGCGUUCUCUGUUUACCAUCCGCGACUCGAGAACGGAAAUGAGCCUGGCAAGAAACUAGGGAAGGUUACCGAGACACUGCACGAGGACAUUUACACCAUUCCGAACCUUCUCACAAUCUCGCGCAUACUUGCUUGUCCUGUGCUUGGCUACGCCAUCGUCCAGGACAACUUCGUGACCGCGACCGCACUACUCGUGUACGCCGGCCUCACUGAUCUGGUCUGCCUCUUCACUUUCUCUCUCGCCCCGCGAAAUAUCGCGUUCUGAGCAUUACAUUUCACUUUAUUUGCGCUUCCAAAGGUCGAUGGCUGGAUAGCAAGGCGAUACAACAUGCGAUCCGUCCUCGGGACAAUCCUCGACCCUGCGGCGGAUAAGACACUUAUGACGACACUGACCGUCACACUAGCGAUGAAGAGCCUCAUACCAGGUUUGU